CCAUCUCCUAGAAAGAUAUAAAGUCGGCGGCGUUAGUUUGCCGGCGGACUCACUCGCACGCGGUCGAAAAUGUGGCGCGCAAUAGCAGUCUGGUCACUGGUGGUCGGGGUGACACUCGGCGUCGAGACGUUCACCUGUCCAGAGAACGAAAUCACCGGCAAGUUCGCUGAUCCGGACGAGUGCGACAAGUACUGGGACUGCUUCAAAGGCACGGCCACGCCCGUCUACUGCCGGGACGGCUGGGCCUUCGACCCGAACCUUGUGGUGAAGGCCAACCCGUGCGACUACAUCUUCAAGGUGGAUUGCACAGGUCGCGAAAUCCUCGGCGAGCCGCAGGGCACUGGCGUCUGCGUGCGGCAGAACGGCGUCUACCCGCACGACGACCCGAAUGUCUGCGGCAAGUACUACACGUGCACGGACAACGUGCCGACGUUGCUCUUGUGCUCGCCCGGCCUGCACUUCAACACCAGGACCAACACGUGCGACUGGCCGGCGUCAGCGCGCCGCGGCGCGUGCGACGCACGUCGCACGCUCGAUGGCUUCACGUGCGACCCGACCAAGGAGUACUUCACGGCCGACAACCAGAAGAUCGUGCACCCUAACUUCGCGCACCCGGAGAACUGCUCCCUUUUCUACGUGUGCAAGAACGGCAUCGAGCCCGCCAUCUCGGGCUGCGACGAGGGGUUGGUGUUCAGCGAGGCCAUCAGCGCCUGCGACGUACCGGAGAACGUGCCAGAAUGUAACCCGGACUACGAGUACUCUGACUACCCGGAUUCGGCCGAUGCGUUGUCUUCCAACUAGUCCAGAGCCGUUAUGCCUCCAACCCCGUUCGUUGAAGUAACUGGAGCAAGAAUGGGGAAUCCUGAGCAGGUGGAUCGUCUUGUGCGCACCACCCACCUAGUUAUGUGUCACUCAUCGGGCAAUGCCAUCUUUUCCACAAUAAAUACUCACUGUUGUUAUGUGUCACCGAUGGGUGUACCUCGCUUACAGCUAAUGUAUGCCACUGUUAAAUAAAUGACCCGGCCCCCGGCAGCCCUCAGGCUUCGCGGGGUUUUGGUUCACUUGGAAAAUGAA